AUGCCGGGGGGCCCCGGGAGAGCCCCGGGCUGGGCAGGUUUUCCUGAUCCGGGGCUCGCCGUGCCCCUCGCCAUUGGCCCGCGCUGUCACAUGGCCAACUUUGUUCACUUGACAAAAUUAAUGGCCAUGAGCUCGUUCUUGAUCAACUCCAACUACGUGGACCCCAAGUUCCCACCCUGCGAGGAAUAUUCCCACAGCGAUUACCUUCCGAGCAAUCACUCGCCGCAGUUUUACGGCGCCCAGCGGCACGGCCAGGACGCGUUCCAGCAUGAGGCGAUGUUCGAGGCUCGCUCCGCCUGCCAGCAGCAGCUCUACCCGGCCUGCCAGGGCUCCGCCGCCCCCCGCGCUCCCCUCCGCGCCCGGAGCCGCCUCCCGGAGCCCCGGGAGCCCCGGGAGGAGCGGGGCACCCCCAGCCCGCCGCCUUCGUGCAGCCAAAGCUCGGCCAAGCCGAGCCCCUCGGCGUGCAAGGAGCCCGUGGUUUACCCCUGGAUGAAAAAAGUCCAUGUAAGCACGGUGAACCCCAACUUCUCCGGAGGGGAGCCCAAGCGCUCCCGCACCGCCUACACGCGGCAGCAGGUGCUGGAGCUGGAGAAGGAAUUUCACUACAACCGGUACCUGACCCGGCGCAGGAGGAUCGAGAUCGCGCACUCGCUGUGCCUGAGCGAGCGCCAGAUCAAGAUCUGGUUCCAGAACCGCCGCAUGAAGUGGAAAAAGGACCACAAGUUACCCAACACCAAGAUCAGGUCGAACUCCUCCUCCUCCUCCUCCUCCUCCUCCUCCUCCUCCUCCUCCUCCUCCUCCUCCUCCUCCUCCCUGCAGCUCCCUCCAGGAGGAGGAUCCCAAACUCAAACCCCACCAGGAGCGUCCCAAUCCCGGCCCCACGGCCCGGCCGCCGCCCUAUGACCGCCCCGAGGAUGGAGCCGCGCCAGCUUCCACAGAAACGCGCCAUAAUUCCAAUUUUUAUCAUUUCUUUUCCCCACUUUAAUUAUUAUUUUAAACGCGGGGGGAAUUUUAUUUAUAGAGGGGACAGAGCCA